AUGUCCCGAUACGCAUCCGCCCACGCCAACCCUCAGGGCCCAGGCGACGCCAGGCCAACCGCUUUGCAGAUCAUCAAGGACGAAGCAGUGGAGGGUAAGCUCGUCGGCAAGGUCAUUGUCAUCACCGGCGUCUCGUCCGGUAUUGGCAUCGAAACCGUUCGUGCUCUUUCUCAAACCGGCGCAACGAUGUACUUGACUGCUCGAGAUCUUGCAAAGGCCAAGUCGGCAUUGGCCGAUUUCUUCGACCCGAGCCGCAUGUUUCUGGUCAAGAUGGAUCAAGGGUCGCUGGAUAGCGUUCGCAGCGCUGCAAAGGACAUCUUGGCAAAGACGGAUAAAAUUAACAUCUUGGUCAACAAUGCCGGCAUCAUGGCGGUGCAGAACCUCGAGUUCACUCAAGACGGGCAUGAACUGCAGUUUGGAACCAACCACCUGUCCCACUUCUUGUUCUUCAAGUUGUUAAAACCCGCCCUGCUCGCCGCCGUUACCCCGGAACUCAGCUCGCGAGUUGUCAACCUUUCAUCCACCGCACACACGAUGAGCGGCCUCAAUACCUCGGACAACUACAAUUACCAGCAAGGGGGGUAUACUCCCUGGGGAGCGUACGGCCAAUCCAAGACAGCCAAUAUCUACAUGGCCAACGAAAUCGAGCGUCGAUACGGAUCCCAGGGCAUCCACGCAACAAGCCUCCACCCCGGCGGCAUCUUGACGCCCCUUGCCAAGCAUCUCCCCGAAGAAGUCCUCAAGCAAAUGGCUACCAAUGAGCAAACGGCCAAGGAAUUGAAGAGUCCCCAGCAAGGAGCCGCGACAACUGUUUGGGCUGCAGUAAGCAAGGAGUUGGAGCACACUGGAGGCAGAUAUCUGGCCGACUGUGCGGUAGCAGAGCUUUCACCGGAUGAGAGUGCGGGGCCGGCUACCAUAGGCCAUGCGAAGCAUGCUUAUGAUGCAGGAAAUGAGGCUCGCCUUUGGGAGGAUUCGCUGAAGCUGGUUGGUUUGGCUUAG